UACUCAAAAAAGCUUCUCCCUCCUCUCCUGCAACAUCGCCGCCGUCGACUCGCUAGUAGUCUCCAUCAAUCUCUCGAUCCAUCGUUCCACUCACUCCUCUCUCGCACUUCCGUCUCAUUGGACUCGCGUGAAUUUUUUAUGGUUUUUGAUUUAUAGGAUAUAUUGGGGAGUUUGAGUAUGUUGAUGAUCGCAUAGCUGGAAAGAUUGAUGUUGAAUUGAACGAACUUCAUCUGAUUUGCUGUACGUACGUGAGCUCCUAUUUACAAGUCCGAGAAAUGGGAAGAGAUAUUAAUCCAAAAUCAAGUGCAACUGAAUACAGUUUGAAUCAUGUGAAACUGUAUUUUGGCUGUCCAAUCUCAAAGGAAAAACUCUCAGUUUUAUGGAGAAACGUGGAUGUUAGUCUAGUUUUUGAGAUUGGAAUGGGAAAGUGGCGAUUCUCUAUGUGCCAUAAUAGUAUGAAGUUCAAACUUGAACUUUCAAAUGAGAAUAUUUGGAAGAUUGAGCUGCAUCAACAACCGGGUAAAACAGAAAAGUAUCUCCUCAUCCAGUUAAUUUGCGCUCCUCGGAUUUUUGAGCACUAUGUUUAUACUUCAGCAACUGUACUCAAUGAUAACUAUUCUGUCUUGCCUCGCGAAAGAUGGAUUCCUACAACAGACUUCACUCCACGCAGUUGUAUUGGGCAGUCUUCUGUUUUGUGUCUAGAGCUUCCUAGUGACAGUGAUUUACCGAAUUUCAGCAAAAACUUUACAAGUUAUGAGGAGAGUGAGGGUGAGUACAUAUUGGAGGAUGGAUCACCUUUUUCUUGCAAUCGGGAUAUUGUCCCCAUGGUUGCUCCUUCUCAAGGAAUUAAAGUUCCAUUUGACAUCUUGUUCAAAGUUAACUCAUUGGUUCAGCAUGGGUGUUUGUUAGGUACUAAACUCAAUAACGAUUUCUAUCGUCAAGUUGAUCCACGUAACUAUGAGACUGGGCUUAUCGAGCAUGCUUUAGAAAAGAUGUACUUUUCAAAGGAUUUCUGUUAUGAACCUGCAGAAUGGCUGAAAAAUCAGUAUACAAAUAACCAGCAGCCUUGGUCGCCGUCUAUUUCUUUGGAUAACGGGUUUUAUGUUCGGAAGGUCCUGAUAACACCAUGCAAAGCAUACUUUCGGGGGCCAGAGAUUACUGUCUCGAAUUGUGUGUUGCGUCGUUUUCAUAAAUACAUUGAUAACUUUCUGCUUGUUUCGUUUGUUGACGAGGGGCUGAAUAGACUUUGUUCAGCCGAUUUAACUACAAGUAUUCCUGAGAAUGACAGAAGUGAGAUAUACUAUAGGAUUCUUUCCAUCCUUAUGAAUGGCAUAAAUAUUUGUGGUUGGGAGUUUGAAUUUCUUGCUUUCUCGUCAAGUCAGUUGCAUGAAAGCUCGUUAUGGAUGUUUGCUCGUACAACAACUGGAAUUACUUCCAAUUCAAUAAGGAAAUGGAUGGGAGAUUUUAGCGGUAUAAAAAAUGUGGCUAAAUAUGCGGCUACAUUCGGACAAUCUUUUGAUUCGUCUACUGAAACUCUGAGGGUCAGCAAAGAAGAUAUUAAAUUUAUUCCUGAUGUGCAGGAUGAAAAUACUGAAUAUGUCUUCUCUGACGGAAUCGGGAAAAUAUCUCGUGAGCUUGCCAAGAAAGUGGCAGAGAAAUGUGGUCUUGAUUCUAUGCCAUCCGCCUUUCAGAUUCGGUGGGGCGGUUACGAAGGAGUUGUGGCUGUUGAUCCAACUUUAGAUUUUAAGUUGUCACUGAGAAAGAGCAUGCACAAAUAUGAUUCAAGAAUUGAAGAACUCGAUGUUUUAGCAUAUAGUACGUUUCAGCCUUGUUAUCUUAAUCGACAAUUGAUUACCCUCUUAUCAACUCUCGGUGUCGAGGACAGUGUUUUCGAGAAAAAACAGAAAGAAGCUGUUGAUCAACUGAACGCGAUACUAACAGAUUCAACAAAGGCACAAGAGGUUUUGGACUUGAUGUCUUUUGGGGAGAUCACUAAUAUUCUGAAGGAGAUGCUUAUCUGUGGCUACAAACCUAAUAUUGAACCAUUUCUUUCUAUGAUGCUGCAGAGAUUUAGGGAAUCAAAGUUAUUGGAAUUGCUUCAAAAAACUAGGAUACUUAUUCCAAAGGGAAGAGAAAUGAUGGGUGUUCUUGAUGAAACUAGAACCCUUGAAUAUGGCGAAGUUUUUAUUCAGUAUUCUAACAGCAGCUUCAGCAGUUGUCCUCAUGUUGUUAAAGGUGAGGUCGUAGUAGUGAAAAAUCCUUGCUUGCACCCGGGCGAUGUUCGUGUUUUGAAGGCUGUUGAUGUGACAGAUUUGAACCACAUGGUGGAUUGUAUUGUUUUCCCUCAAAAAGGCCACAGGCCACAUCCAAAUGAAUGUUCGGGAAGUGAUCUAGACGGUGACAUCUACUUUGUUUGUUGGGAUUUGGAAUUGAUUCCACCUCAUAGGAUUGAACCAAUGAAGUAUGAUUCUGCCCAACCUAAAGUAUUGAAUCGUGAUGUGGAGAUUAUGGAUGUGGAAAAGUUUUUUGCAAAUUACUCGGUCAAUGACAGUCUCGGAAUAAUUGUCGAUGCACACACUGUCCAUGCAGAUAAAGAGACCAAAAAAGCAAUGUCGGAGCCAUGUAUUGAACUUGCAAAACUAUUCUCAAUAGCAGUUGGCUUUCCAAAAACUGGUGUUCCAGCAGUAUUACCUCCUAAACUUUCGGUCAAAGAAUAUCCGGACUUUAUGGAGAAGCAUGACAAACCAACCUACGAAUCAGAUAAUGUAAUAGGAAAACUCUUUAGAAAAAUUCAAGGAAUUUCAACAAAAGAGGUUUCUAUUACAUCCUUCACAUUUGAACUGGCUAAAAAGUCGUACGAUCCUGACAUGGAAGUUGUCGGCUUUAUGAGUUAUGUUGAAGAUGCCUUCUCUAAAAAAUCCAAUUAUGACUGCAAGUUGGGAAAUCUGAUGGAUUACUAUGGUAUCAAAAGUGAAUCAGAAAUCCUUACUGAGAAUAUCAUGAAAACGUCGAAAUCUUUCACCAAAAGAAGGGAUUCGGACGUGGAUGCGAUUACUAUGGCUGUACGGUCUUUAAGAAAAGAGGCAAGAAGUUGGUUCAAUGACGGUUUAGAUUCUGGAAGUGUUGAUACAAAUGCAAAAGCUUCUGCUUGGUAUUAUGUUACUUACCAUCAUAGUUAUUACGGUAAGUACAAUGAAGGUAUGAAUAUGGAGCAUCUUCUAAGCUUUCCAUGGUGUGUUUACGAUUUGCUUGUUGAAAUCAAGAAGGAGAAAGCCAGAAUGAGUAUGCCUUCUAGCAGAGAGUAAAGUCGAGAAAAAAGUCUGUUAUUGAACUUUGCACGUACAUACUUAUGAUGCUAACUCAUCAGUGAUAUUACUAUUUGUGAGUUUUUCUCUAUGUUUCUUAUUUUGAUUGUAAAUAUGACCCUGAAGUGCA